AGAAACGACUUGUUGCAAUCAUCCAAAAGAUUUCAUAAGAGUUUUGCUGAGAAGACGGAAGUACAUUAUGCCUACUGUAAGACACUGACUCGAUGGAAAACACUGAGCAUGGCUGAAAUUAGAAGGAAUCUUGACCACUGCCCUCUUCUCUUGUCAAAUGUCAAGUUUUAUUCCGGGAAUUGAGAUGCUCAUUCUGAAACUUAAUUGCGUAUUAGAAAGUAGGCGAGUCUGUUCGUGACACAAAGAGACAGAUUCAAUACAAGGCGAACGAGGAGACGACAGGUUCACAUCCUCAGAAUCAUUAUGGCAACCCAGGCAUUCAUUGACUUCACUGCUGGAGCAAUAGGUGGUACAGCAUGUGUGCUGAGCGGUCAGCCGUUUGACACCACAAAGGUGAAGAUGCAGACAUUCCCCAAAGUGUACCGAGGCUUCGUCCACUGCUUCUCCUCCACCUUCCGGCAGGUGGGGGUUCGUGGUCUCUACAAAGGUGCGACUCCAGCCCUCAUAGCCAACAUCAGCGAGAACGCCGUGCUCUUCCUGAGUUACGGUCGCUGUCAGGAUGUGGUCCGCUACGUGUGCAACAUGGAGAAAGGGUCCAAUCUGAGUGAUAUCCAGAAGGCCUCCGCAGGGUCUUUGGCUUCCAUCUUCUCUGCCAUGGCCAUUUGCCCAACCGAGUUGGUGAAAUGUCGCUUGCAGGCCAUGCAUGAAAUGGAAGCAAGCGGCAAGGUGGCGAGUGGACAGAGAAGCACAGUGUGGACAGUGGUGAAGACAGUGAUGAAGACAAACGGUCCUCUUGGUUUCUAUCAGGGACUGUCGUCCACCAUCGUGAGGGAGAUUCCUGGUUACUUCUGCUUUUUUGGCGCCUAUGAACUGUGUCGCUCCAAAUUUGCUCAGUACAUGGGCACAGACAAAGAAAGUAUAGGUAUGCUUCCUCUGAUGUUCAGCGGUGGAUUUGGGGGAGCUUGUCUCUGGUUGGUGGUCUAUCCCAUAGACUGUGUGAAGUCCAGGAUCCAGGUGCACUCUUUAGCUGGGAAGCAGGAGGGUUUCAGGAAGACCUUCAUGGGAAUCAUUCGCACUGAGGGGAUCACUGCUCUGUACUCCGGCCUGACCCCGACCAUGAUACGAACCUUCCCUGCCAACGGAGCUCUUUUCCUGGCUUAUGAGUUCAGCCGCAAGUUAAUGAUGGAGAGAGUGGGGGUCUGAUGUGGAAGAUGUUUACACUUGAACCAAGUAUUCUGGUCUAACUUUUCACUUUCCAAUUGCUUUUGUCAUGGUUGUAUUGUAUUUUGGUGUGAACAACUUUGUUUCAGUGCAAUUCAUGUUUUUUUUUGUUUUUUUUUUUAAUAAAGCUUUACUCUUCAGUAUUUAUGCAGCUCUGCUGAUUCUGCUCGGCGAGACCAGCACUGACAUUAAGUUUGAAUUAUAUUAAUGUUGGUCCAUGCACAGCUUUCAUCAAACAUGGAAACAAUGGAUCAGAUAAAACAUUUAUUAUGACAAAUUUUAGUCAAAUAAAAAACAUUUUAUUUGUCCUUAUUUGAGGUGGAUAUCAAGAGUUAGAGGAGCUUAUAGCAGUGUAACACCUCUCAUUUCAUAUUCCUCUGUCCAGUGAUGUGUGUAAGCUUGGACUUUAAGCCAACAUGUUGAAUAUGAAGAACACUGAGCCUAGUAUAGGAGCUUCAUAACAAUUUCCUGCCAUUGCCACACCCUCUUCUGCAAAAACUCAAAGUCAAGGUCUUGUUUGUUUGAAGUUGAAGAGUAUCCAAUGGAAGGCCUACAGAAGGUUAGUUGGAAAUGGGAC